AUGAAAGGCAAUAGCAAAUCCAGGUCCAGCACCAGCGCCAAUACCAAAAGCCUAGAUGCCAAUCAAUUACGCUCACGCCACUUGUACAAUUUAAUCCACUCAACAUCAACACCAUCCACAUCACCAUUAAACAAGCUCUACUCACUUCAAUUUGACAAAGUAAACAAUAUAAAUGGAAUCACUCCACCACCAUUGGUGGAUCAUAAAAUAUGUCAUGAAUGUGGUUUAUUACUUAUUCCGGGACUCAAUGUAUCCAUACGGAUUAAAUACACAAACAAUAACAAGAGGAAUAAAAACAAGAUAAGGAUUAAUGAAGGUGCCGAUGGAAGUGGAGGUGAUGCUUCUGACGUAGCUUUCAAAGGCAAGGGACACGCCGGAAAUAGUAGGAGGUUGAGAUAUAAAUGUUUGAGUUGUGGUUAUAAAACAUAUGAGCCGUUGCUUGAUGGAAGUGAAAAACAACGUAGGAAUACAACCACAGCCACCAUCAAUGGUACUAAUAAUGCAACUACAAAUGAUGCAGUAGAAGCGCCAGAACCGUCGUCUGGAGAAGUGACAAUUAUGCAUUCAAAUCAAUCAUUAAAGUCAAAGUUGGAUCCUGAAUCGACUCCUGAAACCGAAAUAAAGCCAACGAUAUCAACUGCAACAACAACAAUAGAAACAGAGAAAACAGAAACAAAUCAAUCCAAUUCCAAAAAUAAAUCAGCUAAACAACGUGCUAAAAAGAGGAAAGCUGAAUUAAAUUUACUUUCAAAUUUAAAACAGCGUAAAACAGAUCAAUCAUCAAAAUUAGAUUCAUUAAAUUUAAUGGACUUUUUACAAUAA